AUGGCGCAUUCUCAUAUUGGUUCAGAGCUUCCAGAAAGCAAUCGUUCAAGUAUUACUUUCAACAACAUGCAAUUCAAGCUCUCCGCCCUUACUACUACUCUGAUUCUCGCCACCCUUGCGGCUGCCACAGCGAUUCGUCGCAACGAACCGGCUAGCCAGUGUAACACCGGAGCUCCACUCCUAGGCCUCCUGGGUGUCGUCGUCCAGGACGUCACUGCCAUUGUUGGUGUAACUUGCACCCCCAUUACCGUCAUCGGCGCCGGAGGCAAUUCCUGCACAGCCCAGCCUGUGUGCUGCACCAACAACUCCUUCAAGGGUAUUGUCGCUCUUGGGUGCACUCCCGCCAACAUCAACCUCUAA